AAAUACGACAAAUUGGGCUCUGCGCUGGUUGGCCCAGAGCUUCGUGCACUCUGUCCAACCUUGACGUGGAAUGGUCCUUUCUGAAAGGUGUGUCUGUCGAUGGAGAAAUUUGGUUAGCUUCUGACAGUUGUCUACAUCAUUCUGCAUUCUUCGUUCACUCACUUGACUUGGGCUUCUCUGCUGGGAAUGUGGCCCGAUUAUGAGAGUGAGCUUUCGUUGGUGCCUGCCAGUAGCCGUCGGGAUGGUGACGUUGUGGAGGGUCGUGGUGAUUUUGCUCGUCGCAGCUGCGAAUUUGGAGGUUGAGGUGUGGGGUUUUCGGCCGAAGACGGUGCAACCGCUCUACAGAUCAACUGGAAAGUGGAAGGCUCGGCAUGCUCACAGAGUUGAGAAGGAUCAGACUUGGAUUUGGCCUCUGCCCGCUGAGUGGUCCAAGGGCGAGUCCACUUUGCUUGUGGACUCGCAGCUGGAGCUCGUCGUGCGAGGAGCGCUGAACCAGUCGCAUGUGCUGGAGGAGUCGUUUGAACGCUACAUUGCGCAUAUAUUUGUGCACCUGACAGAGAAAGACGUCGUGUCGAAGAUCAAGAGGCGUAAGUGGGGGGGCGAGACUUUGCAGAAAUUGGUCGUCAAUGUGGUGUCUGACGACGAAACGCUCCAGUUAGGUACAGAUGAGAGCUAUACGCUACAAGUGCCAGCUGAAGGAAAGACUUCAGAGGCGUACCUGGAGGCUGCAACGGUAUAUGGGGCGUUGCGGGGCCUGGAGACAUUUAGUCAACUGUGCCGCUUCAACUUCUCGAUCAAAGCUGUCCAAAUAGCUGAAACACCAUGGAACGUGAAAGAUUCACCAAGAUUCCAGUUUCGCGGACUGUUAAUAGAUACCUCACGACAUUAUCUACCUGUGGAGACGAUUAAAAAAAUCAUUGAUUCGAUGGCCUUUGCCAAGCUAAAUGUGCUCCAUUGGCACAUUGUGGAUACCCAGUCUUUCCCUUUGGAAAUCCCCUCAUAUCCGGACUUGUGGAAGGGUGCAUAUUCGAAGGCAGAACGCUAUACUAUGGAUGAUGCCCGAAACAUUGUCGAGUAUGCGCGAAGAAGAGGUAUAAAUAUUAUGCCAGAGCUGGAUAGUCCUGGGCAUGCUGCAUCUUGGGGUGUUGGAUAUCCUAAGCUCUGGCCAUCCCGAGAUUGUCAACAGCCUCUUGACAUCAGUUCUAAGUUGACAUUUGAGGUCAUUGCUGGGAUCUUAGCAGAUUUUCGGAACGUCUUUCCCUUUAAGCUCAUGCACCUUGGAGGAGACGAAGUUGACACAUCUUGCUGGAACAACACUCCUCACGUUAACGACUGGCUUGAGAAGAGGAAUUUAUCAGCUCAUGAUGGGUACGCGUCCUUCGUACUGGAAGUGCAGAAACUGGCAAUUGCGCUGGAUUGGGCUCCCGUCAACUGGGAAGAACCAUUCAACGAAUUUGGCAAUCUGCUGCAUCCAGACACAGUUGUGCACGAAUGGCUAUCAAAUGAUUUGGUGCCAAAAAUCAUCGCCACAGGAAGGCAAUGCAUCGUUAGCAACCAAGAUGUGUGGUAUCUGGACCACCUUGACGUUCCUUGGGAGUUGUUUUACCUCAACGAACCGCUGACUGACUUGAACAGCGCGGAGCAGCAAAGGCUUGUAAUUGGUGGGGAAGUGUGCAUGUGGGGAGAAACAGCCGAUCCAUCGGAUAUUGAGGCAACCAUCUGGCCACGUGCUGCCGCCGCUGCAGAGCGCUUGUGGAGUCCAGUGCAUUCAGCCAAUUCGACAGCCACUGCCAGGGCACGAUUAUCACGGUUCAGAUGUUUAUUGAAUGAACGUGGCGUUGGUGCCGGUCCUGUGCGGAACUAUUACGCGCGAGAAGGACCGUAUGAGCCUGGCUCAUGUUAUGAUCAAUAAAUCUGUCAGGUGUAAAACACACCCGGUGACAGAAUAGAACACAUCCAUUGUUCACUUCAGAGCAGAUGACAACUGCCAUUUGAUUGGAUGUAUGAUCGACGUGGAUAUAUGUACAUAUGUAAUAAUAGUAUAAUGCAAACACUCAGGAAGUAGUGAAACAUAUUGUGAUGGUACAGAAAUAAAAUCAAGAUUUUGUC